GUGAAUUAUUGCACAUCGUCUUCAGAAGUUGUUUUUGAAGAUAUCCAAAAGAGCGCGGUGUUUUCUAGCGUUUAUUGUCGUCCGCUUCAACGAAAGCAGUUCCAGUUGCAGUACAUAAGUUCCACCCACUGCUGGCGAUGCCAUCACAGUAGAGCUGCGAUGAAACAUGUACGUGACAAUGUUGGGCCCAGCAUCCAGCACAAGGAUGACCUCCACGUCCGUCCGCCGGGCCUGCUUCUCUUCAUGGACACGGGCUGCGAAGCGGCGUCCACGGGUCGCGCAGACGAACGACUACCAAUUUCCUGCUGACGGAACAACCGGAAGUGGCGUUGAUGCAGGAGAAGUGGCAGCUUGUAUAGCUAGGGAAACCAGCACCGCUGAUGAAGAUUUGCACAGCUACAGGAGGGCUCCGGUGGACGACAGCGACCACAGCAUUUUUGACCAGGAUAGUCCGCGCUUAUGCGCUAGACCGAAUGAUGCGAACGAGGAACGACAGCCACAAGGAUAUAAUGGGGAGGUAUCCUCAGCUCCGUUGGAGAAUGGACAAGGCAGCACGUCGUCACUUCCUUUCACUUUACCCGCCACCCCCUCUGUUGGCUCCACUGCUGACCCCCGGCGCGCCUUUUGGCGGAACAGCGUUCAGACUGCACCAGCGGGUCCAACAAUAUCUCUUCCUGCUCCAAACAAUUUACCGAUGAAGAGGCACAAGCAAGUGAGUCCCCUGUUCACCAUCCAGUCCCAGGACCAUCAAGUGUUCGAUCAAAACGGGCAACCACGACAAGCCGGACCCGAUCUCCCCGUCGACUUUGAAGACCCGUUCUACUCCACCAAACCGGUGUCCUACUGCACGCUGGGCGGCGCCGCGUGGGUCGGGCACCGGGCGCUGCCGUUUCUGCUGGAGCGGCUCUCGAAGCACGGGCCCUUCGACGAGGUGUCCUGGCAGAAGGUUUUGAACCGCGCUUUCAUGAUCCUGGACUCCUUCACCGCGCGGGACACGAUUCUGCUCUUGAACGUCUUGCUUCCCUCCAGUUCGUUCAUGCUCGGCUGUAGAAAUGUGGAACAGGUGGAGACGAUGUUCGCGAGAAAUCUCGAGGGCUCAACAGCAUGGACAACACCUACUUCGCAAGGUGGACAGCAGAUGGUUGGGGAUGCAGCAGAACCGCGACGCCGCGACCAGGGUGCCGCCGCCACUGACUUGCAGUUUCUCCCCCGGCUGCGCGCCCGGGUGCAGAAGUUGGCGAGGCCAGAGACCAGAACGGCGAAGCUCUGUGGGUCGAGCGACCAGCUGAUCGCGAAGUUGUUGUUUGUACACUUGGAAAAGUGUGUAUUGCCAGCGGCUUUUCUAAAUGGAAGAGAGUUGCCGCAGAUGUACUACGAGGAUAAAGCUGUUGCCCCCGUUGGCGAGACAAAUUCUCGCAGCACGAGAAAACCGCCGCGAAAUAGUGUUGACCUUCACGACGAUGUCCUCGCGAGAGCAAGGGUCCUCGACGCGCAGCGACGGCGAAUGCGUGACUUGGUUGGGAUCGUGGAGGGAGUAGAGGUGUUUUGCUUUUUGCACAAGAGAAGAAAAGCGGUUUUUCAGCAGAGAGGAGCUUCUAGUAGAAAUCUCUACGCUCAUCUCGAUGAUUAUCCCGGAGAUGCUAUCGCAAAAGACGAAACGGACGAAAGAUUCGAAGCCCUUGCCUUUCAAUUACAAAAGGCUGUGCUGCUACAUCGCCAUAGCCUGGACCCCACGCAGCGCAGUUUCCUGCUCCGACCCGGGGGCUUGUUUCUGGUAGCAGAAGUUGGAUCUUCAUUGUCGUCAGCAGCGUUCUUGACAAGGAAAUGGCAAAACUUCGAAACCACCAUGCGACUUUUCGAGGCCGUGUUUCUUGCUGGCGGAAAGAACAGAGCCAGGAAUGCUACAACAACUGGUUGCACUUCUGAAAUGGGACGAGCUUUAUCAAGUACACAGAACCCUGUGCAAGGCCGCACCGCCGAGGAGGUUGCGCAACUGCUCAAUUGCUGCGCUUCCUUCGUUGAGUGGAGUUUCGCGAGCUGUGACGUUUGUCUACCAAACCACCACAACCUACAGACUUUAGUGCAACGGUGUCUAAACUCAGUUGAUUUCUCGAAGAUCGGAAUUCAUCUUGCGGACUUUCCUGCAUCUUCCGGAAUACUAGAUACUGACAGCUCUUGUUCCCCCACUUUGCUCUCCCCACUGGCAAAGAGCAUCAAUGCCCUUAGCCGGCUUUUCCUCGCCGCGAGCAACGAUGGAAGGGAGCAAACGGAGUUGGCAGCGACAAUCCUCACGAUGCAUGCCUCGCCGCUUUUGGACAGGCUUGCGGACACGGUGGAAUCGUUGACUUCCCGUUCCCGAACAACUCCGACAGAGAACCUGAAACGGGCAGUGAACACGAAAACGCUAGCGACCCUGUUCCGGGGAGCCAGGAUUUUUCUAGGCGGAACUUCUGGGAAGCCCCCAGAGCGCCCACGGUGUGCUGAACUCAGUGGUUCUGCGUCUCCGUCAGAGCAGGACAAGGAUGUUAUUGACACUAUUGUCACCGCUAGGCGUACUCCUCGUGAAGCUGGAGCACAGCGGCUGCGAGUCCAGAAAGCCUUACUGCAAUGCCUGCACGCAUGUGACUUGCGGUACCAGAAGAAUCAACUCGCGGUGAUCUGGGAGGCAGCGAGCAAGCUUUUUGGUAUGGAUGAAACUCUAGGCAACCGGGUCGGCCGUGAGCAACUUCAUCUACGGGGUUGCUCCGUCUUUAACUCAAAUUCAGAAACUAGAGCGCAAGGAGAGCAGAUGCCGGAUAACGAGCCCGACAUCGUACAGGCACUCAAGAGCUUGUGUUGAUGAAAUGGUUUGCUUAGCUCUAGAUCGACGUCUAUCCAGUCCCACUCAAUUCGCUGCACAUUUUUCGGCCGCGUCAGCCAGA